GUUAGCUUUAGCACUCGAUCGAGCACCGAUCCUGGGCCGUCGACCUGACCAUUCCGUCCCUCUUCUUGUACGCAGAGGCUAGGCUUGCCUCGCCUCCCAGCACGCUGGCGAAUGUCCAAUUACGAUUCUGACGACGCUUUCCCACGUUCUCCUGGUCUUAAACCCAUCCGUCCCAAGGCUACUCCCUCGCCCUCGCCGCCGCCAUUCAUCCCGCAGCAAAACCGCACAAUACCGUCUCCUGAGAACGUCAGUCCCUCCUCCCAGAAGAAGCGAAAGAAACCUAAUCGGCGCAAGACUCGUCCGAUCCAGGGAGACACCGUUCUGGUGAGUUUCAUGGACCCAAACCGGCCCGACAUAGCCCGGCUGGUCGGCGAACAAGCCCUCAACUCGGAUUCUGGCUCAGAGGCCGACGAGGAGGACAUGGAGGACAUCGUGAACCAGUCUCCUCCAGCCGAUUCUGCUCAUCAGACCGCUGGUACUCCUUCGGGUCUUGACUUGGUCGGCACAGCUCAAGCGGCGCUGCAGACUGCCGAUUCGAGGGGGCCGAAAGAUACGAGAACAUCCCCGCCACGGCGCGAACCCGUGAAAAGCGGCUCCGGGGAGUUUGCCGAGCCCCCAUUCCGUCCUAUGUCGGAAUCAGUAAAUGAGGCAUCGACACAGUAUCCAUCUGCAGGCGUGCUGACGAAUGGCGGGCAAGCCCAUGCGAAUGGGGCUGGCUCAGCCUCCGAUCGCAAAUUCGAGGCCACGUCGCCGAAGCUGACUGGGGAACGCCUAAGUCCACUUGCGAAUGGCUACCCCCACGAGGAUUCGCUUGCAACAUCCCCAAACCUCCGGGAGCUUACAAUCCCCCAAUCCAAGGGCUCACCCCGCCAGACACUGCCAGCACUGCAAAAUCCAAGCUCGCCGUCCCGGGACGGACCGAAUUCUCCUAACCACAAUCAGAAGCUACCCUCGUUUCGCCAGCUCAGCGAGCUUGCAGAGGCCGCCAGUAAUGAACAGCUGGAGGCGAGGGCGAAUGGCUAUCCUCAUCGCCAUUCCUUCUCUUCCACAGGUCAAUCGCCGACGCUGGUCAGUCGGCAUUACUCCACCAGCAGCAUCCAACGGUCGCCGCCCACUCCCUUUCCGCCUCUCAGCGCGACAUCUCCCAUUAGCGCGCACAGCGACAUCUCCUCCUCGCAAGAUCUAUUUUUGCGAUCAGGCCAAUCGCACCAGUACUUCUUUAACCGCAGGCCCUCUCAGGCGUCGGAUAAUGGGCCACCGUAUGGAUCGAAUCUGCCAUUGUCGGCCUCUACGGCUGACAGCUAUCCCAGCUCCGAUUCGUUUAGCCCUGGCUCAACGGACCACGGCCAUCGAAUGAGCAUUGAUGAAGCAGUCAAUAACCACCGAACGUUGCCGCCUCCGACGGGGCCACACAUCCAACACAUACCUCCACAUGGCGCUAGCGGGUUCAAGUGUGAUCAUCCCGGAUGUACUGCGCCUCCAUUUCAGACUCAGUAUUUGUUAAAUUCCCACGCAAACGUACACUCGCAAACUCGCCCACACUUUUGUCCAGUCCAUGGAUGCCCAAGAGCUGAGGGCGGCAAGGGCUUCAAACGAAAGAACGAGAUGAUACGGCAUGGUCUCGUGCAUGCCUCGCCUGGCUAUGUGUGUCCGUUUUGUCCUGACCGAGAGCACAAAUAUCCGCGGCCAGACAAUCUGCAACGACACGUAAGGGUACACCACGUCGAUAAAGAUAAAGACGACCCGCAAUUACGCGAAGUCCUCGCUCAACGACUCGAGGGUGGGAGUCGGGGUAGGAGGAGGAGGGCGGGAAGCGGGUGACAAACCAUUCUCGGCCUCCUCUCAUUCUUACAACUUCGCCAACAAGGGCCAUCCUACCGCCUCGCCACCUGUCGAUGCCUUGCUUUGCAUCUUCAUCUUUACGACUGAUGUCAGCGGACUAACUGUUUUCUACUGGAUACGUCAUCACAGUGCUGAUACCCCGUAACUACGUUUCUGUUUUUCACACUAGGGCCUUUUGUGAUACCUCUUCUUUUACGGCGUUAUAGCGA